AUGCUGCAAACUCUCGACAUUGACGCUAGCAUCGAGGACACUGGCAUCUCACCUCAGGAAGUCCAGCGCUACAUUAGCCCCCAAGAUCACUGCGAUGGCAAGUGGACUUGUCUCUUCGAUGGCUGCAACAAGAAGUUCGGCCGCAAGGAGAACAUCCGCGCCCACGUCCAGACCCAUCUUGGCGAUCGCCAAUUCAAGUGCAACCACUGCGGCAAGUGCUUCGUUAGACAACACGAUCUGAAGCGUCACGCGAAGAUUCACAGUGGUGACAAGCCUCACAAGUGCCCUUGCGGCAACGGCUUUGCCAGACAAGACGCUCUCACGCGCCAC